AUGGCCGAAGGUAUCAUGCCUACCGAGCAGGCAAUGGAGAUGGACCGUCUCCUACUUAUUCACGACAUAGUGACUCGUGUUACUGAUGGGCUAUACCAAGCUCCAAUCGAUAAGGACAAGACCAAACUCAUUCUGGACAUCGGCACGGGUACCGGCAUUUGGGCGAUAUCAAUCGGUGAUGAAUUCCCAGAGGCUACUGUCAUUGGAAACGAUCUUAGUGCUAAUAUGCCUACUUUCGUUCCCCCAAAUGUCAAAUUCGAAGUCGACGACGUUGAAAGCCCAUGGUUAUACGACCAGAAGUUUGACUGGAUAUUCUGUCGAUAUAUGGCUGCCAGUAUCUUCGAGUGGCCAAAACUCGUCAAUACUAUCUAUGAUAAUCUGGAGCCCGGUGGCUGGGCUGAGUUUCAAGACUUCGACUUACAGUACUACUCCGACGACGGCUCUCUGAAACCAGAGGAUCCCCUGCUAUUCUGGAUCUCCACACUCCUCGAUGCUGCCCGGCAACUGAAGAGGGACCCAAACCCAGGCUCGAAGCUGGAAGGAUGGGCCAAGGAUGCGGGCUUCCAGAACAUCGUCCACAAAAAGUACAAGAUUCCCAUUGGCGGCCUCGAGGGGCUGUCCAUGAGACUGUACACAAAUGUGCUAAAGUGGAAGGUGGAGGAGAUUUUGGUGCUGCUUGCCAAAGUACGCAAGGACCUGAAGAAUCCGAACAUUCAUGCCCUUAUGGAUUUGUAA